AUGCCAUCUGCAGCAACAGCAUCACGAUUGGACACGAGCCAACAGCCAUUGCUGCACUCCUCGCACCGCUUGGUCGUUGCACCACUUAGGUCUGCUGUUAAGCGGUGUACUGAUAAAAGCAGUAGAGGAAGUGUUAAUAUGGGUUACAAGACGUUUGUCGGUCGAGGUGUAGUUGGCCGUAUGUGUCCAAGCGGUGAGAUGGCAUGUACAACUCACGCCAAGCAACAGCUUCGCGCAGCGUUAGUUGACUGCUUAUUUUUCGUAUCGUACGCUUAUCAUCUGGAGAUUUUAAGAAAUGUGGAUGCAAGAAAAAAACUUUCGAAUAAGCGGUUAUAA